GUGACAGAAGGAAGAGUAGCAGGAGGAGAAGAAGCAGGGUUUGGUGCACUUCCUGCAAAACAUAGGGUCAGCUCUCAGGGCAGGCUUCUCAGAGCUGUGUGUCCCUCUCCUGCGGUGAGACAUGGAUCUGGAUACACUACUGGACAAGCUGGAGACUGGGGAACAGGAGUUGGUGCAGAAAGCACUUAUGGAGUACAAUAAGGAGAAUUCUCAAUGUUUCUUCUUCAAUGCAGAACAGAGGGAGCUGCGCAAAAAACUUGGAGAGAUUGUGAUAAAGUUCCUGGAUAGAGACUUGCAGCCUUCUUGUCAGAUGGCUUGCUUGGAAACAAUUCGUAUCUUGUCCCGCGACAAGUAUGGAUUGACUCCUUUUACCAGUCGUUCAGCCAUGCACAUUUUGGCUCAGUAUGCAGGUCUGGACUACUCUGAAGAAAUGGAUGUACCCCAAAUCCCAGAUACUGAGAGUGCUGUAGAAGCUCUAAAAGGAUUGUGUAAUAUUGUGUACAACAGCGUGGAGGCCCAAGAGGUGGCUACAGAUAUGCACUUGGUGUAUGGCCUGGCCAGACGGCUCAAGCUAUACAAUGAGACAAAGUCCUCCCAUGAAAGCAAGUUCUUCGACCUCCGUCUUCUUUUCCUACUCACUGCUCUAAGGGUGGAUGUACGAAGGCAGUUGGCUCAAGAGCUCAGGGGUGUUAGCUUACUUACAGAUGCUCUGGAGAGUACCUUGGCACUGAAAUGGUCUGAUACCUAUGAAGUGGUGACAGACCCUCUUGCUCUGCCCUUGGGCAAAGAGGAAACGGAGAGAGUGAUGGAGAUUUUAAAGACGCUUUUCAACAUUACGUUUGACAUCAGCCGCAGGGAAGUGGAUGAGGAAGAUGCAGCACUUUAUCGCCACCUAGCAGCUAUUCUUAGGCACUGCUUGCUCAGGCAAAGUGAUGGCGAAGACAGAACAGAGGAAUUUCAUGGGCACACUGUAAACCUGCUGGUUAACCUUCCCCUGAUGUGUCUUGAUGUGCUGUUGACUCCCAAAGUAGAGCAAGGUUCUGUUGAAUACAUGGGCAUGAACAUGGACACAGUAGAAGUUCUCCUUCAGUUCCUGGACAGGAGACUGGACAGGGGCCACAAAUUACGUGAGACGUUGACACCAGUCCUUAACCUUCUUACUGAAAGCUCACGUGUCCACCGUGAGACUCGAAAGUUCUUGCGUGCAAAGGUUCUUCCUCCUCUGCGAGAUGUAAAGAACCGUCCAGAAGUCGGGAACACACUGCGCAACAAGCUAGUGCGUCUGAUGACUCAUGUGGAUACAGAUGUGAAACACUGUGCUGCUGAAUUCCUGUUUGUUUUGUGCAAAGAGAAUGUGUCUCGUUUUGUGAAGUACACUGGCUAUGGCAAUGCAGCAGGACUGUUGGCUGCUCGCGGCCUUCUGGCAGGGGGACGCGGAGAAGGACUGUACUCAGAAGAUGAAGACACAGACACAGAGGAGUACAGAGAAGCUAAACCCAACAUUAACCCUGUAACAGGACGUGUAGAAGAAAAGCAACCCAAUCCUAUGGAAGGAAUGACUGAGGAACAAAAAGAGUAUGAGGCCAUGAAGCUAGUCAGCAUGUUUGAUAAACUAUCUAGGGAACAGAUUAUUCAGCCCAUGGGCGUCACUUCUGAUGGGAGGUUAGAGCCACUUGAUGAGGCUGCCCAGAGGGUGAUGCAACAGCAGGAAUCUUCUGAUCUUGAAUCUGACUCGGACUGAACAUCUCAAGACAAAAAAAUGUCAUUGAGGAUCCGAGCCAAGCACAAGCCGAGCCGGAGAGAGCAAUAUACCGUUAUCCAGACAUCAUAAAAAACAAGGAAAACAAAAUCUAGAUUACUGUAGAUGUAUCUCAGAGACUUCGGCUGUAGAGUGACCACCGGGAUAUGUGUAGUGUAACAGGGUUUUUCUGGGAAUAAACCCGGAAAGUGAAGACAAUAAUGUUUUUUUCACUUAGGACAUUCCAGUGGUCUGAUGACUUGGCGAUGAGUGCUAACUGCUCUUACUAGGAAGACGAGUUUUAUUCCCUUUAGUGGUUGUUACUAAGGUAAAAAGGAAGUGCUUCAGUGCUGUACACAGAAAACUCCAACAACAAUCUGAUAGGUAAAGAAAUGAGCUUCCUUAGCUCACUUUGUCCUAAUGAAAUGAUGUACGUUGCUAAAAAUGCUACACUGCAACCAGAAAUCAGCACCCUGCCCAGUAGGUAAACAUUAUGCCUUUGCCCCAAAGACGGUUUAGUUUCUUGACUUGACAACAUUUAGCUGUUGUUCGUUUUGUAAAAUCAGCCACUUGCAGUCCAAGGGAGUAGUGUUCCCUGUAAAGUUAAGACCAGUAUUUAUUAACAGGGUGAGUCGUCACCAUUUCUAAACAAACAAGAGUAUCUCUCAUCUUACCUUGAGCUCCCUAUGGCCUGUUGGACUUAACUUUAUUGAACUUAGAAGAACGCUCACAUAUCCAUCUUAUACACAGUUGUCCCUACUUCCAUAGCAUGCACUGAUUGAGCUGGGUUUUUUAUUGAAUGCAGUAGAAGAUAAAUUCAUUUGCAUUCGGUGCCAAGAAACUACUUUAGCCUACAGAAUACACAGGGAAAAAAUGUUUCUUUAUUACAUUUUAAAGAGACACUGCCCCUCUAGGUUAGUCUAGACUUUCUAUAUAUUCCAAUUUGUACGCAGAUCUAGUCUGAAGCAGAACAUAAAUUUGCCACUAGAGGGAGCCUGUUUGUUAUCACAUCACAAAAAAAAAAUGAUUUGCAUAAAAGGUUUAAGAAUGAAUAAGCACAGCAUUUUCACUUCGAACACAGCAGUUAAUCAUUUCCACCUAAGACCCAGAUGAUUGUUGUAUGAGAAAUUGAUUGGCCCCUCUCCAUAAAGUGUACAAAUAUAAUAAAAUAUGUUAAUUUAUAUAUACACAUUGUACAACUAUGUUAAAAUAAACGGCCAAGGGUGUAGCUAACUACAAAGAUUGCAGUUUGGGUUUUACAGUGAAAAAGGUUGGUGAAUGGAUUUAUUUUGGAGAAUAAUAUAUAGCAAAAAUUACCAAAGCUGUCCACGAGCCACGUCCAAAGCUAUGGCAUUAGUGGUUUCCUUGUAGUGCUAUUCACAGGACUGAAAGGGUAAAUAUUGAGUCGUUACAGAUCAUUUGCAUACCACAAAGAAAUGUUGUAUAAAAAUAUUGUUAAAUUCUGGUAUCUACAUUUUAUUAAGUCUGAUAUAAUUAAGAAAUAAUAGAAGUCUUGAUAAGAGAGAAACUUUUGAAAUUCAUAUUUGAAUAAACUCUGUUAAAUGAAA